AUCCAGCUUCUGUGAAUAUAAUGAGCCCAAAAACGACCUGAGUGUUGUGAGAUGUUUAUAGAUCAUGUAAGUAUGAGUGAUAAAAAUAUUUUCUCAGAAAAGAUAACCAAACCACAGUGGUGCUGACUGCACAAGUGACGAGUUCUCACUUACAAGUCAAGGGGGCUAGGCGCUGCACAUUGAAAUAUUUUACAUUAAUAAAGAAACACAUUUCACUCAGCAACAGAGAGCUGUUUAUUGAUCAACUCUAUGGAUAAACUAGGAAGAUUUUUCUUCAAUGGACCGGCUAAACACACAGCCACAUAUCUACUGUAACUACAGAAAAUGCUCAUUGUUGCAUUCUGUCCAUCUCUUUCUUUCUGUCCAGUAACUUAGAGUACAGGAAGUGAAUGGCUAUAAAAAUAACUAUGGAACUUCCUCUAUUUCUCAGUAAAGCAUUAUUAGUGCUGUAGUGCUGCAAUAGCUGCUUCAUUUCGCUAUUGUAUUUGCUCAUCACUCACGACCAAGAUCUCUAGCAAGUACAGAGAGAGGACUGUUCUCUGGAUAAAAUGAGAAUACAGGCCACCUUUGGAAUCCUGUGGAUUUUCACACAAGCUGCCAUGGGUUUGCUGGUUCAGGAUCCUGUUGUCUGUAGAUUUAAUGAGAGUAAUCAGUGUUAUGUAGCUCUGGGACAACGACUGCACCUGCCAAUGCCCCUGGAGGAAAAGUUAGAGCUAAAGAUCACAGACAAGACAUCUACCCGUCAUUUAAUUAUAAGAUAUAGAAAAAUCCAAAGUAACCCACCAAAACCAAAUCCCCCAAGAUGGCAGUUUGUUAAUGAGAGUAAAACUAUGAUACUAACCAGUGCAGAGAGGAAUGACUCUGGAACAUACACUUUACACACCUUUGAUGCAAACGGGACUCUUAAAGACAAUUAUACUCUCCAGCUAAACACUGAAGCUGAGGUGUCCUCAGUGAAAUUGUCGUACAGCUGUUUGUCCCCUGGAGUCAUGAAAGUGUACUGUUCGGCUGAUGGAGACAACCUCCGCUUCAACUGGACUCCUGAUUUAAACACACUCCCUCAACUGGAGAAUGGGAUCAGCACUCUCACACUGAAUAAAGAUCAUCAUGGAAAAGUCACCUGCCGUGUAGAAAAUCAUGUCAGCUAUAACUACAAUACCACUGAACUCCACCCAUGUCCUGGACCUACUACUGCAGUAGUCACUUCCACACUGUCUAAUGAUGGUUUGCUGUUCAAGGAUCCAGUUGUCUGUAGAUUUACUGAGAGUAAUCAGUGUUAUGUAGCUCUGGGACAACGACUGCACCUGCCAAUGCCCCUGGAGGAUGGGUUUGACCUAAAGAUCACAGACAAGACAUCUACCUCUCGUUUAAUUUUAAGAUAUAGAAAAACCCAAAGUAACCCACCAAAACCAAAUCCCCCAAGAUGGCAGUUUGUUAAUGAUAAUAAAACUAUGAUACUAACCAGUGCAGAGAGGAGCGACUCUGGAACAUACACUUUAGACACCACUGAUGCAAACGAGAUUUAUAUUCUCCAGCUAAACAUUGAAGCCGCGGUGUCCUCAGUGAAAGUGUGGUACGGCUGUUUGUCUUUCGAUGUCACUAAAGCACACUGUUCUGCUGAUGGAGACAACCUCCGCUUCACCUGGACUGCUGAUUUAAACACAAUCACUCAGCUGGAGGAUGCAAACAGCACCUUGCUGCUCGAUAAAAACCAUCAUGGAAACAUCACCUGCCAUGUAGAAAACCAUGUCAGCCGUGUCCGUAACACCAUUGAACUCCACCCAUGUCCCGGUUUCAUGGUGUUUGUGUCUGUGUGGCUCUGUGAAUUCAUCAUCCUUCUGUCACUGUUAUUGGGAACGUUUUAUAUCUACACCAGAAUCUACAGGAAACAGAAAAUAACUGAGAAUCAGGACACACUGUAAACCUAGAUUAGGAACAGAAGAAGCAGUCCACCAUUGCUCUCCUCCAUGCCAGCAAUCCAUCCACGGUGAACCACCAGAAAUGUAUAAGCAUAAAUAACAGAUGGGUAACAUAGAAAACAAAUUUUAUUCCUCAAUCCACGUCUUCUUUUCAAAAACUAAACCAGCCUCAUGAUUCCUUGAUGAACCAAGUGCUACUUUUUAGAGUUGUUUCUCUUAAGCUUUAUUUUUUAAUAUUCUAAAAUAUUGCAAUGCUUAAAUGCUGCUGUUCCAAUCAUGCUUUUGUAGAAAUCAUUUUUGUAGACUCUUUUAUAAAUAUAAAUCUAAGUUUAUGUGUGGAGGUUGAAAAAUGUCUGUUCUGAGCUGUUGCUUUUUGUUUCCUGAAAAAAAAAACUUUUGAACAGAAUGGAGAUGUGUACAUUUUUCUUAUCUUGCCUAAAUAUCAUAUUUUUUCAUUUAGUACUGCCCUUCAGAGGCUACGGAAGAUAGUUACAUGUUUCCCAGAAGACAAAAUAAGUUAAAUUUACCCUGAUCUUCAAAUUCAAAAAGUUUUCACCCCCCGGCUCUUAAUGCAUGGUUUUUCCUUCUGGAGCAUCAGUGAGCGUUUGAACCUUCUGUAAUAGCUGCAUAUGAGUCCCUCAGUUGUCCUCAGUUUGAAAAGAUCUCAAAAUCACACAGUCAUUGUUGGAAAGGGUUCAAAUACCCAAAAAUGCUGGAAAACCAAAGAAUUUGUGGGACCUGAAGGAUUUUUAUGAAGAACAGCAGGCAGUUUAACUGUUCAGGACAAACAAGGGACUCAUGAACAACUAUCACUAAACAAAAAAACACAGCUGUGGAUCAUUCAGGUAACAACACAGUAUUAAGAAUCAAGGGUAUGUAAACUUUUGAACGGGGUCAUUUUUAUAAAUUCAACUAUUAUUUUCUCUUGUUGACUAUAUGUAAACAUCUUUUAUGUGAAAUAUCUUAUU